GACGAAUCAAUAAAAAGCUUCGUGAGUUGUCUCAAAAAAAAAGAAUCAAAUAAAAUAAAAAGGCACGCCCCUGGCUGGCCCCAAUCGAUCGGAAAGGAGCGGAGAGCAGGAGAGGCGUACUAGGGUUUCGCCGCCGCCGCUUGAGUCACUUCCCCGCCAUUGAAAAUCGGCCCCUCCCCGCCCGUGGAGGCUCGUCCUUCCUUCCACGAGCCUCACGGUGCCUGCCCCGCCUCGUACGUCCGACGGCUGUACAAGAUCACGCCGUUGAACCGAAGCCCUACGCUGGCCAGCCUCUUUGUCCUGCCCAAAGGAAGAAAGUUCUGCUCCAGUCUUGAAAAAGAUGCGGAAAGCUAAGAGGGGCGGUGAUCAUCUCACUAGAAGCUUUUGUAAGAGCAGAAUAGCUUCCAAGAAUGAAUCAUUGGUCUCAGGCCGCUUCCUUGGGGACUCUGAUCAAGGUGUUCCGUCUGGGCUCAGUGAUAGGCUAUCAUAUUUGACUAGAAGUGUUGCCUCUAUUACUUUAUACAAUGGAGACACAAUCUUAUUUUCAUGCUCGGGCAUAGUUAUGGAACGCCAGGGGCGCCACCUUACAAGGUUUUUGACCUCUGCAAGUUUGGUUAGAGCUCUCAAUGCUACAAAUAAAGACCAUGAUGACUUGAAGAUUCAAGUGCGCCUAGAAGGCAAGGAAGUGUAUAUGGGGGGGAUGGCUGAAUUUGAUUUAGAUCGCAACUUUGCUGUUGUCGAUGUCCAUGCGUUCCUUGAUGUUCAGGUUGGAUCUUUCCAACAUGCACAAAUUCUGCCCCAUGGUGAGACAUUAGUAGUUAUAGGGCGUCGCGUCUCUGGUGAAAUAAUAACCAAGAAUGUGGAAUUGGAUGGUGAUUCAAGGGUAUCUGAGGAUGAUGAAGAUCUUGAUUGUAAAAUCUCAGAGGCUUGGGAAGGUGGGCCACUUCUUUCUGUUGAUGGGAUGGUUGUUGGCAUGAACCUUUUUCUGACUACUAGAAGAGCUGUUUUCCUACCAUGGGGCACAAUUCUCAAGCAUCUGGAGUAUUACUGGACAUCCCAGCAAAAGAAGACUGGUCUUGCACGGCCAAAAACUUCGAAGGCCUCUAGGUUUGGAGCAAGACCCAUAGGUGAGAAAUCUAACAGCCAUCCAGAAGUGCAUGGAGAUAUUCUCAACCAGGAGCAGUUAGAUCUAGACUCCAUGGGUUACCCUAAGUUACCAUCCUCCAUGUUAGGAGCUGGUAUGAUUUUGGUUAAUACUUUUGAAGAGACUUUUGGCGACAUACAUGGUGAAGGUGUCUGGAGAAACUUUGGUGAACGAGCUUCUAACAUAAAUCGCAAUGUUGUCGCACUGGCUUCAUUCAAUGGAAAAAGAAGGGUUUUUGCAUGCACGGUUUUUUUUAUUGAAUGGAAUGGAUCUACGAUGAUUUUGACAUCAGCAAGCUUGGUUAGAAAUUCCGGUGAUGAGAACAAGAUUGUUGAGAACUUGAGGAUUGAAGUGUUGCUUAACAGCCAAUUCAGAGAAGGGACGUUACAGCAUUAUAGUCUACAUUACAACGUUGCUCUAGUCAGUGUCAAGGAUUAUCGUGCUCUUCGUCCAUCUAAUACUCUACUUCAUUGGAAAAAGGAUUUUGAAGUAGCAGCUGUAGGGCGUUGCUUCGAAUCAGGUGCGCUAAUGGCUACUACUGGGGAGCUGGUUUCCUGGACAGGCACACUCGAUUGCGAUUUUCUCGCAACUUCAACGUGUAAAAUCACUAAGGCUGGGAUCGGAGGCCCUCUUGUUACUCUUGAUGGGGAUGUUAUUGGCAUGAAUUUCUAUGAUAAGAGAAUAGGAACCCCUUUCCUGUUAUUGGUGGACAUUUACAAAAUUCUAGCAUCGUUUGAGAUAAAAAGUGAACUUGGUGAAGUUGGCAAUGAUAGGCACCCCCCUGGAGCGCCUUUUUGGAAAAUGGAUGAAGAUGACAAAACUAAGUUAAACAGGUGGCCUGUGCUCAUGCCUUGCUGGCGCAAUCCUGACUAUGUGGAUGAGGAUAAAUCUGAUGAUGAUGAGUUUGGCUUCGAACCUGAAUCCGGCCGCAUGCCGAGUUACGGUUACUUUAAGGGAAGGAAACUCAUGCUCUUUUAGAUGCAACCCUUGAUUGGUCACACAAUCCCCAUAUCAUUGCUCGUUUGAGAUUACAGAAGUAACCUUUGGCUUGCUGAAGUCUUAGUAUGUGCAAUGUUUGUAGCUUGGAAGCUAUGUUGUGUAAUACUCCAAAACUAUUGUGCAACAAUGGAGUAGCACAGUGGCAGAACUACACCCCAGGCAGCCUGGGCUCUAGCUUAAUCCCAAAUCCUAUGAAGCAUCUCCUUAAGGAACAUAAUUAAUUUUGAACAAAUUUGAGGUCAUAGCUUA